AGCACAGCCUGGAACCCAGACUUCUGUAAAACAGAUAAUUCCAACCUUUCUAAAACAGGUAUACUCCAUGGACAGAUGAUGAAUGGUACAUGCACUAUUUUAAUUUGCAACAGAAAUCCUAAGCUGGAGUGGUACUGUUAUUUGCUGGUUCUGCUUUGCCUUUUCUCUUUAUUAACAGGAUUUCUAGGCAAUAUACUUGCACUACGACAUGUUUACUGCAUGAAGACAUGGACGACCAAUACCAUAUUUCUCUUUAAUUUGGCACUUUGUGACUUUACUUGGACUCUCAUGGCACCUUUUUCAGUAUAUUAUAAUAUCCAGAAGUUCUCUGUAUAUUUCAGUCAAGCAUUUUAUCAGAUCAUAACACUAUUUUUUAGUAUUAAUGUCUAUGGAAGUGUCUAUUUCCUGGCACUCAUCAGUUUUGACAGAUACAUAGGUGCUGUCCAUCCUAUCACUUCAUUAACAUGGUGGGACAAAGGAAAGGCUGUGUUUUGCACUAUCGGGGUAUGGAUCUUCAUAGUGAUUGCAUCGAUGCCUGACAUCUACUACACAGUUGCAGCUAGAACACAGCCUGACAUCAUAAAUGACCUGGAUGCCACUGAAGGAUCUUUACAAUUUGUAGUGCCAUUCAUGCUCUCCAAGAUUGUAUUGAGAUUCCUAAUUCCAGCCACAAUCAUCUUUACAUGCUAUAUGUUGACUCUCAAAGCACUACUACGACUCAGUAAACGUCAGCAAAGAAGGAACAGACUUGUUAGGCCUCUGUUACUGAUUUCAGCUGCUAUGAUUGUAUUUGCUGUUUCUUUCAUACCUUACCAUGUUAUGAUGAUGGUGAUACUAAUUUACAGAAUUAAUUGUAAACCACUCUGUGAGAACAUAAGCACAUUAAAUGCCAUUUACAAAGUCACAGAGAUCAUCUGCAGCAUCAACAGCUGUCUUGAUCCAAUAAUUUUUACGGUAGCAAAUAAGACAUUCUAUCAAAGAACUAAAAGUAUAAAAUGUCAUCUCGAAUGCCAGUGCUGCAGUUGUCUGACAAGAAGAGUACGGGACAUCACACUGGCCCCGAGAACAAUGACGUAAACACUAGUCUACAAAGAUUCACAUCUCCAAUUGCUUUGUGUCAUCAGAUCCAUUUAAGAUUUCUUCUAUAUUGUACAGCUAUCUCUUGAAUAAGCAA